AAAAGAAUGUUCCUUCUCAAUGACACCCAGUUCCACCUCGUCUCCUUCUUGUUGCUGGGGAUUCCAGGGAUGGAAACAUUGCAUGUCUGGAUUGGCUUUCCUUUUUGUGCUGUGUACAUGAUUGCCCUCAUGGGGAACUUCACUAUCCUGUUUGUGAUCUGGGUUGAGAGCAGCCUACACCAGCCUAUGUUUUACUUCCUGGCCAUGUUGGCUGCUAUUGAUUUGGGUCUGUCCACAGCUACCAUCCCCAAGAUGCUCGGGAUCUUCUGGUUCAACCUCAGAGAGAUCAUCUUUGAAGCCUGCCUCAUGCAGAUGUUUUUCAUUCACAGCUUCACACUUAUGGAGUCAGCAGUCUUGUUGGCAAUGGCUUAUGAUCGCUAUGUGGCCAUCUGCGAUCCGCUUCGAUACAGCACCGUCCUCACCAACAAGAUUGUCUCUGUGAUUGGUGUUGGUGUGUUAGUGAGGGCAUUUAUUUUUGUGAUUCCAUUUGUGUUUCUUAUUUUGCGACUGCCCUUCUGUGGGAAUCAUGUCAUUCCCCAUACCUACUGUGAACACAUGGGUCUGGCUCGUCUGUCUUGUGCCAGCAUCAAGAUCAAUAUUAUUUAUGGCUUAUGUGCAAUUUGUAAUCUAGUAUUUGACAUCAUAGCCAUUGCCCUUUCUUAUGUUCAGAUACUCCGUGCCGUUUUCCGUCUUCCUUCCCGUGAAGCCCGACUCAAGUCCCUCAGCACAUGUGGUUCUCAUGUUUGUGUAAUUCUUGCCUUCUAUACACCAGCCCUCUUUUCCUUUAUGACACAUCGCUUUGGCCAUAACGUCCCCCGCUAUAUCCACAUACUCCUGGCCAAUCUUUAUGUCGUGGUGCCACCAAUGCUCAACCCUGUCAUCUACGGAGUCAGAACCAAACAGAUUUAUGACCGUGUGAAGAAAAUAAUAUUAAAGAAACAAGGAAAGGAAAAAUAAUGACACCUAAUGCAUGUGUGGUUCAAUAUGAAAUUUCAUGAAACUUGAAUUAGAGAAAUUCCUUCUCACAAAAAUUAUGUUAAAAUAUAUAUCUAUAUUGGCUCUGUUCAGUAAGUAUUUAAAUGCAUUUCAUUUCCACCUGCUUUUCAGACCACUUCUCAAUAUCCAUUGCUGCAAACUCUUCGUCCCUUAAAAUUUCAUUUAGCAGGUCAUGUCAUUUUCUCUAUUCAUUUCAAUAUCUGAUUGAUAUUCAUAUAUCACAAGUUUUGAAUGCAUCCA